GGGUGGAGUUAUGGGAAGCACUUUUAGGAAUGGGUCCGAAACAUAUUUAGUUUGUCACGACAGUUACGAAGAAGAGUUCCAAACACCUGACGAUUGCUUGGACAAUCCGCUCAAUAUCUCCUUUAAGUGUCGAAACAUAAUCUACCUCGAAUCUUGAUUUUUGUCGAGUUUGUGAUAUUUCCCUGAAGCCUCUCCAGUGGUAAAUGUCUUAUUGUUCGUUUUUAUAGCGAUACUAAUAAAUAACGUAACUAGCUGAUAAGGAAACAUUGCACUAUAUUUUUGAUUGUUUCUGUUUAUACUAUUUUGCACUGAAAUAUUGGUGAAGAUGCACACCACGCAGAAGGACACGACCUACACGAAGGUUUUUGUAGGGGGUCUUCCAUACCACACCACGGAUUCCAGUCUCAGGAAAUAUUUUGAAGUGUUUGGAGAAAUUGAAGAAGCAGUCGUGAUUACCGACCGACAGACGGGCAAGUCCAGGGGGUAUGGAUUCGUGACGAUGGCGGACCGCUCGGCUGCAGACAGGGCCUGUAAAGAUCCGAACCCCAUCAUCGAUGGUAGGAAAGCCAACGUCAACCUGGCGUACCUGGGGGCCAAGCCACGGGUGAUGCAGCCAGGUUUCACUUUUGGUGUUCCACAAAUCCAUCCUGCCUUUAUCCAAAGGCCUUAUGGGAUCCCUGCUCACUAUGUGUACCCUCAGGCCUUCAUGCAGCCAAGCACCAUGGUCAUUCCCCAUGCCAUGCAGCCCAGUGCAGCCUCUGCCUCCACCGGUUCCUCACCAUACAUCGACUACACUGGAGCCGCCUACGCACAGUAUUCCGCCGCCGUUGCGGCUAGCGCUGCUGCCGCCUACGAGCAGUAUCCCUACGCUGCCUCCCCUGUAGCGGCCGGAUACAUAACUGCGGCCGGUUACGGCUACGUUCAGCAGCCCCUGCCUACGGCCGCACCGGGAUCAGCCGUCGCUGCAGCCGCAGCUUUCGGUCAGUACCAGCCUCAGCAACUGCAAGCUGAUCGCAUGCAAUAGCAGCCAAUGCAGCCAUUGGACACGAGGAGGAUGGGAGGCCCACGGCUGAUUGGCUGUGCAGAGGAAAGGAGGAGGAGGAGGAGGAGGAAGAGAGAGGGGCCGUGUUGUUAAGGUGGUGAGGUGUGAGCUCCAUACAGUAGCUUUCCAACAUGCUGUACUUAAACCCCCCCCACACAAACAAAUGAGUAAACGUUACCAAUUCACAGAACAAAGGAAGGUGGAUAUAUCCUUAUGAUUAUUAUUGUUGUUAUUAAUAUAAUUAUUACUAUUAUAAUUGUAGUAGAGUAUUUAUUUAUAGAAGAUAAAUGCAACGACUAAGCUUGGUGUAAAACAUGACCGUAUGUUCCAUUGCUGUCAUUAACAUAGAAGAGAGAGAGCGUUCUCUUUACGGGACACUUAGACGUGUCCCAAAGUGUUUUUUUUUGUGUUCUGAAGCCCUUAUAACAUAUAUUUAUUAUCACAUUUCGAGGACUUGUCGUUCUGUCUUUUCAAGUGCAUUGAAGUAAAUGUUGUGAUAAUCAGGGAAAUGGACCAGUUUCCAGUGUGUUAGUAAAGACAACCUCUGUGUGUCAGGGAGGAGCUGAAAUAACUGUGGAGAAAAGGUGAAAGUCUUGUCACGCGUUAAGAACAUAUCUUCCUGAUGCUGAUUGUCCCUUUUUUGAAUCUGUAUCUUGAUCUCUUGACCUAUGCAAAGCAAACAGUUCACCAGGAGACAAAAAAGCUGCAGGAAUAACCAAAAAUGCCAUCUACUCAUCAACUCUUCAAAGGGCAUCACAAACAAUAUGACGGCAACUCCGAAAGAAAGGUUUUCAGACAAUGAGAAGCACCAAAUCAGUUACUCUCAAACACAUACAUUACGCACACACACACAGUUGUGUACAUAGUGGUAAAGGACAAAGGGCUCAGUCGUGUUCCCCUCUGGCUCUGUGCAAUGGGAUCUAGUCAGAGUGAAAGAGGGGGA